AUGAGUUUCUUCAGUUCCACCACCACCUUAACACUACUCUUCUUCCUUCUGCACUUCUCCAUACACCUAAAGGCCUACACCCCAGAUGAAAUUUUCACCAUCAGUUGCGGCACCACCGGAAAAUCCUCCGACGGUGAAAGGACGUGGACCGGGGACGCAGACACAAAGUACUUAUCUCUCCAAGACGGCACCGUUUCGGACAAGGCAACAACACAGUCUCCUUCCACGAAUCAAGUACCCUUCACCACAGCACGCUUGUCUCGUUCCCAAUUCAAUUACUCCUUCCCCGUCUCCGCAGGCUCCAAAUUCAUUCGUCUCUUUUUCUACCCUGCCGAUUACCCUUCCUUUCCCCGCAACCACGCUUCUUUCACCGUUCAAUCCAACCAAUUCACGCUCCUCAACGGUUUCAACGCCUCUCUAAACGCCGACGCUGAAAACACCGAAACUAUCUUCAGAGAAUACGUGAUCAACGUCAACGACGGUGACAGGCUUAUCCUCAGCUUCACUCCCUCGCAACCAAACUCCUACGCUUUCGUCAACGGAAUCGAGGUACUUUCCAUGCCAACCGAUUUAUAUUACACCCCAGCCAAUGAGACAGGAAUUACGUUCUUGGGAAGUAGCACUUUGUACAGUAUUGGAACCAGUUUUGCGCUUCAGACAGAGUAUAGAAUCAAAAGUGGAGGGCAACAAAUCCCGCCACAAAACGACACCGGUUUGUUCAGGAAAUGGGAUGAUGAAGAAAGUCAUUUUAUUAAACAAAAUCCAAACAAUGAUGAUCUACCAGGUGACAUAUAUGGGAAGAUGAACAUAACAGUGAAUCCUGAUUACGUGGCACCCAAGGAACUGUUCAGAACAGCGCGUAGCAUGGGCAGAAACGCCACCCUGAACAUAAUCAGCAACCUCACUUGGGAGUUUCCCGUUGAUUAUGGCUUCACUUAUGUCCUCAGGCUCCACUUUUGCGAGCUUGAUCCCCACAUUAAUGACUUCGGUGACAGAGUGUUCUCCAUUUACAUAGCGAGUCAGUUGGCUGAAUAUCAUGCUGACGUAAUGUUAUGGAGCCAGAAACAAAAAGGUGUCGCUGUGCACAGAAACUACGCCGUUUUGAUUCCCAAGAAUGAUACUAAGAAAAAGUUUAAUCUCUCGCUUCAAAUGCAUCCUCAUGGAAGUGGUUGGGUGUCGAAAUACGCCGACGCGUUCUUGAAUGGUCUCGAGAUCUUCAAAAUCAGCGAGGCCGGCUCAAACAACCUCGCCGGACCAAACCCGGACCCAGUUCAGACUCCACUCAGCAACAUGCCCGUUCAAAACCGAAAGGCCAGCAAAGGAAAGACGUUAGUUGUUGUCGUCGCAGAGGUGCUAAUCGGUGUCAUUUUUAUCUCUGUUGUCAUUUUGUUCGUCGUUUUCUUCCGAUGCAAGAGAACCACUAAAAUGAAUCCCAAGGAUUACAAAUCCAAGUCGUUCACUAGCACACAGAAAGCUUCCUUGCCGUCAAAUCUCUGCCGGAGUUUCUCUCUCGUCGAGGUGGAAGCCGCCACCAACAACUUCGACGAGGUCCUCAUCGUCGGAGCAGGAGGAUUCGGCCACGUGUACAAGGGCUACAUCGAUGGCGGUUCCAUCCCCGUCGCCAUCAAGCGUCUCAAACCGGAUUCACAGCAGGGUGCGCACGAGUUCUUGAACGAGAUCGAGAUGCUCUCUCAGCUCCGCCACCUUCAUCUCGUGUCCCUAAUCGGAUACUGCAACGAGAACAACGAGAUGAUCCUGGUCUACGACUUCAUGGCGCGUGGCACCCUACGCGAUCAUCUCUACCAUACUGAUAACCCCCCUCUUUCGUGGAAGCAGCGUUUGCAGAUAUGCAUUGGCGCGGCGCGUGGGCUGCAUUAUCUCCACACAGGCGCGAAGCACACGAUCAUCCACCGCGACGUGAAAACCACGAACAUCUUGUUGGAUGAAAAAUGGGUGGCGAAGGUUUCUGACUUCGGGCUUUCAAGAAUUGGGCCCAGCGGGACGGACAAGGCCCACGUGAGUACCGCAGUGAAGGGAAGCUUUGGGUAUCUAGAUCCGGAGUACUACAAACGUUAUCGCUUGACGGAAAAGUCUGACGUGUACUCAUUCGGAGUGGUGUUGUUUGAGAUAUUGUGUGGUCGACCACCUCUGAUACGAACGGCGGAGAUGAAACAGGCCUCGCUGUCUACUUGGGUGAGACAUUGUGACCAAAAUGGGAGCAUGGAAGAGAUUGUGGACCCCACGUUGAAGAAGAAGAUUGCGCCGGAGUGCUUGAAGAGGUUUUGUGAGAUUGGGGUGAGUUGUUUGUCGGAAGAUGGGACGCAGAGGCCGUCUAUGAAGGACUUGGUUGGGUUGCUGGAAUUUACGGCGCAGCUACAAGAGAGUGCAGAGCAACGUGAAAGUGAGGAAGGAGAAGAAAUUAGCGAGGAUAUCUUUACCACUGAGGUGAGUGUGACUUCGACUUCGACCAGUGAAGACAAUAGCUGUGGGAAGAAGGAUAAUUAUAAUACGUCCUUGUCUUGGAUUCCUUUCUCGGAGAUUAUGGAUCCCAACCCGCGUUAA